AUGUCUGACACAUUGCACCUGGAUCCAACCUCGUUGGAUGAUUUAGAAGUCUAUAUCAGUACUUUCGGUCGUGGAAGAAAAGAAAUUGUCGGUUACUGCACAAAUAUCAAUCCCAAAUAUAAUGGUGAUUAUGAAGUGGUCAUUGUACCGCCUAGACUGCAAAGUAUCAUUAUUAAUCAUGGGGAAAAUAUAAAUGGACUUGAAUUUAUAUCUUCUGGUGAACCUCCCAAAAUCAAAGAUAAAGAAACAUUUUCAGUUGGUAAUAAUGAAAAGACUAAUUUUGUGCUAAAAUUUAACAAGGGGAUAUAUAUCACUGGUUUCCGGUUUUUGGAAGAUGAUUAUCUUCAACAGCUCACCAUUUUAACUAACUUAAAACCUAGUCCUAGUUUUGGUGAGUCAACUUCGGGCCGACAAAGAGAAGUUUGUUUGAAUAAUUUAGAGCUGCUUGCACUUAAAGUGGCAGUUGGAACUGUUAUUGAACAUUUUGACUUAAUUGUUAGACCAAAGCUUAACAAAAACAUUAUUGAAAAUGCUCUCAGUCAAGAUCAUGGUAGUGGUGAUCACCAUACUCAUAAGCAUCAUAAUCAUGAGUAUCAGAAACAAAAACAGGAACAGGUACUUGGUAAUAAUGAGAAUCAUCAACAUCAUAACCAUGGCCCUGAACAUCAACAACAUAAUAAUCACCAUAAAGAAAACUCUUCAUCUAAGAAUCUCACAGUUGAAGCAAAUAUCAAAAAAAUUGAUUUUUCAAAUGGAUCAUUAAUAAGAUCUCUCAGAAUGGGUUCUCGAAGAGCUAGGAGAUAUCAUGGUAGUAAUAAAAAAGAUGAUGAUGAGACUAUUAAGACUGCAGAUAAUAAUGAUGAUGAUGAUGAUGAUGAUGAUGAUGAUGAUGAUGAUGAUGUUUACACCGAUAUUGACAAUAGCAACAGUGAUAAUUUUGAUAAUGAUAAUGAAGGCGGUUACUCUAACAGUGACAAUGAUGAUUUGGACGAUAUUGACAAUAACAACAAUGAUUAUUUUGAUAACAAUGAUGAACGCGAUUACAGUAAUAUUGACAACGGUGAUUUGGUUGAUACCGAUAAUAAUGGAAUAGAUAUUAACGACUUUGAUGGUAGUCCGGAUGUGAUUAAUAGCACUGAUUUGAUAAAUGGUCCUGAUUUAACAAAUGUUCCUGAUUUGAGCGAUGUCAUCGGAAAUAGUGUUCCAGACGUGGAUGUUGGUGAUUUGGGCGAUAUCAUUGGAGAUAGUGUUCCAGACAUUGAUGUUGGUGAUUUGGGCGAUAUCAUGGUAGAUAGUGUUCCAGAUAUGGAUUUUGGGGAUAUUGGUGAUGUGAUAGGUACGAUAGUUGAAGGCCUUGUAAGCUUGCUAACUGGUUAA